UUCCUGCAGUGUCUGCCUUAUAUCUCACAGCUCAGUGUUAUUCCGUGGAAGUUAGAUGAAGAAAUCAGGUUCUUUGGGAGUGUGUUCUGUGCAGCAGCAGAGAGAGAGCAGCAGACAGGAGAGAAGAUACUGGAGUUGUUAUCAUCAGUGUGCACAUACAAAGGAUUUCCUGUCAAACAGAAAUUGUGUGAUUUUCUGAUGGAUCUGUACUCUUAUGAGACCAAAACAGGAUUGAGUAUUCUUCAUUCAAUACAGUCAAUUUUCCAGUCAGCUCCUGCAGUCUGGUCCAUAAACCUCUCUCUGAAAAAGACCGCCAUCCUCCUGGAAGUGCUGAAACUCCAACCAGACAAGAAACAAGUGAAGCUGACAGACUGCUCACAUGAAGAGAGUGAAGUGAGGAAUUUCCUUGAAUGUCUGCCUUAUAUCUCAAAACUCGGUGUUGUUCCUUGGUGGUCAGAUCUUUAUGAAGGAACCAAAAGAACAUUGAUUAAUCUGUUCUGUGCAGCAGCAGAGAGAGAACAGCAGACAGGAGAGAAGAUACUGGAGCUGUUAUCAUCAGUGUGCACAUAUCAAACAUUCCCUUUUAAUGACAGAGACAUUUCUGAUGAAUAUCAGUGUGAUUUCCUGCUGGAUCUGUACUCUCAUAUGAAGGACUGUGAGACUAUAACAGGCUUGAGUGUCCUUCCAUCAUUACAGUCAGUUUUCCAGUCAGCUCCUGCAGUCUGGUCCAUAAACCUCUCAGAGAGAAAGACCUCCAUCCUCCUGGAAGUGCUGAAACUCCAACCAGAGAAGAAGCCAGUGGAGCUGAGAGGCUGCUCAAAUGAAGAGAGUGAAGUGAGGAGUUUCCUCGAAUGUCUGCCUUAUAUCUCACAGCUCAGUGUUCAUCCUCCAGUAGAAUUUUAUAAAGAAGCCAGGUUCUUUGGGAAUCUGUUCUGUGCAGCAGCAGAGAGAGAGCAGCAGACAGGAGAGAAGAUACUGGAGCUGUUAUCAUCAGUGUGCAGCUUUGAAACAUUCCCUCUAAAUAACAGAGACAUGGGUGUUGAAGAAAAUGAAUAUCAGUCUGACUUUCUAUUGGAUCUGUACUCCCAUGUGAAGGACUGUGAGACUAAAACAGGCUUGAGUGUCCUUCCAUCAUUACAGUCAGUAUUUUCAGCUCCUGCAGUCUGGUCCAUAAACCUCUCAGAGAGAAAGACCUCCAUCCUCCUGGAAGUGCUGAAACUCCAACCAGAGAAGAAACAAGUGAACCUGAACUCUUAG